AUGCAGCAUCGGCCGAUCGUGACGCUUGGGAGUUUGUUGCUGUUGCCGCUCCCACUCAUCUCAAGAGCUCUGGCUACUGGAGCGAACCAGGUGACGGCCUUCCUGCCGACCGCCUUCUCCCCUGAGAACUUUGGUCUUUGUGGCAUCAUCGCUGACUUUGUCUUCCGGUACAUCGCGCAUUGCACCGACAUUGUUGUCAUUGAUUCUGCAGGGGCUUACUUCGACGUUUCGCCCCUCAGUUCGCGUUCGUGGAGGGUGACGAGCCAGGCUGAGCAGAGACGAGUGCACUUCGUCGGCUCAGUGCGCCCCGUGCCACUCGUCGAGGCGAUGCAGAGCAAGUGCAGCUUGCGAUGCGUCGGCGGCACGGGGGCGUUGCUUCAAAAGCUGCUUGGAGUUGUGGACG